CUCUAAAGCUGAAGAUGCACCAUCAUUUCCAGGGGCUCCGAUCAUGAAUUCACCAGUGACCGGUCCUGCACAUCCACCACCAUCAAAAGGAUUUGCCCCUCCACCAAUGACCAGACCUCCCAACGGAUAUGGCCCUCUGCCCUUCGCUGGGCAUCCUCUACCUGUCCCAGGCCCUCGCUACAGACCUCCACAUCCAGUUAGAGGACCCUAUGGUCGCAUGCUAUAUGGGCCUGCUCCGCCCUGGAGUGGUUGUGGACCACCUCCACCGCACAGAGACUAUUGGCCAGGACCUCCCCCUCCAUUUGGCUUAAGGGAUUUUGCACCUGGAAUGAGAGACUUGCCCUCUGGUUUUCCACCACCACAUGGACCUUGGGACUAUCCCUUUCCACCCAAAAACAUGCUUCCUGGGACUGUUCCUCCACCAGGCAUGAGAGACUAUCCAGGCCCACAAGGUCCACCACCACAGAUGGGUCCCAGAGACUUCAAAGCAGGCCCCCCAGUACCACAACAGAUGAGCCCAAGGGACUAUCCUCCAGGCCCUAGUUUGCCACCACAACAGAUGCAACCCGGAGACUUCUCAAAUUCACAGAAUGGGCCAUAAAUUUCACCUAAUGGUGGUAUUUUAUUCAACUAAGCAGAGCAAAAAACUGU